AUGGGUAAAACUUUAGAGAUUCAAGAACACCUUCCUGCACUUCAUUCUUUACAUACCUAUCAAUACGAAGGCGAUCAAUAUUAUUCUGCCGAUGAAAUUGUUGGAUCGUUCUUUAAAAAGGAGAAAAAUCAAAAAAUCUGCAAUAUUAUCGAAAGAAGCUAUGGCAAACACAUCACGAUCAAUAAUUGCCAACAGCAAGAGAUUGGGUUUCCAAAGGUAAAAAAGUCCGCAAUUUUGUUAAGCUUGGCAGCCGUUAUUGGAACUCUGUUAAAGUUGUCGAAGAAAGAUCAUCAUGAUUUAUUAAUUCAACACCUGUUCCAAACGCAUCCCAAUCACAACAGUGAUCACUAUGAUACACGUAUGGAUGACGAUGAAUUAUUUGAUAAUUCAAUGGAAGAAAUUUUCAAUCAGCCUCAAGUCGAGGACCAAGAUGAAGCUUUCAAUCAAUUGGUUGCUGAUGCUGCAUCCUAUUUUGUUGACGAGAACUCUAAUGAAAAUGAUGAUGAUAUUUAUGAAAAUAAUAUUAUAGUAGAAGCUUCUGAUAUAAUUAAUGAUGCAAGUCAGCAACAUGAACUUAAUACAACCUCACAAGAUUACUCUCAAACAUAUGUCGAACCAUUCAUUUUGGCAGACCAGACUUGUGAGACAUAUUUGUCCCAAUUUGCACUUUGGAACUAUUUCAAGCCUCAACAGCAAUCACAGCCUCAACAAUUCCCAACACAACCAAUUUGCUCUCAACAAUAUAAUAUUGAACAAUGGAAAAAUUGUUAUACAACUGAUACCGCUUUACAAUCCAAUACAUGUGACUCAUUCAACCAUUCUCAAGCACAAUCUGAUAAUGAUCAACAAGUAGAAUUGAAAUAUUGGGAAUGUGCUUGUUGUAAACACCAAAAAGUCCAAGCAUGUCCUCACAAAUACCCUGGUAUUCAAUCAAAUCAAGACAAUUACAACCGUGGAGCGAAAGAUCGAGCAAAAGAAAUAGUGUCUAUAUUUGAGAAAAUGUUAGGUAAUUUAGGACAUGAUGUACAUGCAUGGCUGGAAUGUUAUCUUCAAACUGAUGAAGGUAUUAAAACAGUAAUCCAAGAAUUAGAGCAAAAUAUUAGAUACAGCCAUCGUUAUCAAAAACUGAAAGAAUAUCUAAUUGAAAAGAAAGAUGUAACUAUUGUGCAAUAUUGGCGAGAUAAUAACUUGAUUUCUGAUGUUACAUAUCAUAACUUCGAAAAGAAGUCAAUUUAA